AUGAUGUCACAAUCAAUAGACGAUUUAUUAAGGCUUGGCGAUUACUUAGAAACAAGAAAUCCUAAGAAACUCCGACCCUUAAAAAAUCAAAGUGAGCCGCUUAAUGUCUACAUAGAUUUCUAUUUAUUAAAUAUCAUUGGAUUAGACGAUAUUCAACAGAACUUAGAUAUUAGUGUUGUGUUUAAUAUGUCUUGGAAAGAUGAUCUGUUGUCGUGGAAUGAGAUUACUAUCAAAAUUGAUCGUUUGUAUUAUUUCUUUCUUCAAAAUGUGAUUAUACCCAUCUUUAUGCUGUCAUUCUUAAAUUUGUUUACUUUUUGCCUGCCGGAUGACUCUGGGGAAAAGAUUUCCUUCUCGUUGACAGUGCUUCUUUCGCAGACAGUUUUCCUGAGUACAAUAAGUGAAUCUCUGCCAACCACUUCAUUACAUCUUGUUUACAUUACUAUGUACAUGAACUGUCUGUUAAUAAUCAGCUGUUCAAUAUCAAUAGCAUCCAUCAGAUUCAUUGUUUCAACAAUUACUUAUAAUGAAAUAUAUAAGGUUAAAUUUUGA